AUGUCUUCAAUCUCGACGUCUGCUUUAAGCCAGGCUACCAUUGCGGCAAAUAUUUUGGUCAUUGCCAGAGAUGCCUCGUCAGCAAAUGUUGCAAGCUUCGGUCUCAAUGGUUAUGGAAUCCCAUUCACCACUCUGGUAGUCCCACAAGACGGUGCUGAUCUACCCGCGCUCGAGAGCGCCUCCGGAGGCAACUUCGGUGGUAUCGUUGUUGCGUCCGGAAUCAGCUAUGAGUAUGACUCUGGCUGGGCAAGUGGUCUGACCACUGAUCAAUGGAACCAGCUUUAUGCCUACCAACUCGAGUAUGGCGUUCGAAUGGUCCAAUAUGAUGUUUAUCCUGGUUCAGACUAUGGAACUCAGAUCAUUAGUGGCUCGGACGGCUGUUGCGAUACUGGCGUCGAACAGGAUAUCUCGUUCACAGACGUGAGCGACUUUCCCACUGCUGGGCUGAAGACAGGUGCCGGUGUGAGCACUGAAGGCCUCUGGCACUACUCGUCCACGAUCCUGAAUACCAGCAACACCAAGGAGAUCGCAUCCUUUGCUGCGAACUCGGUUGUUACAACCGAUACCACUGCUGCUGUCAUUAAUGACUUUGAUGGUCGCGAGCAGAUGGUAUUCCACAUGUCCUUGGAUCCUACAUGGAGUUCCACCUCAGCGUAUCUGCAGCACGCUUGGAUCACCUGGAUGACUCGUGGUCUCCAUGCUGGAUGGCGUCGCACUUAUCUCAAUACCCAGAUUGAUGAUAUGAUGCUGACUACCAAUCUCUACGAGCCCAGUGGUUCAACAUUCCGCAUCACUACUGAUGAUAUGGAGGCAGUCCUUGACUGGAUUCCAACCAUCAAUGCCAAAAUGAAUGAUGGUAGCUCUUACUGGCCCGAGGUUGGUUUCAAUGGUAAUGGAAAUAUUGAUUUCUCCUCGAACUUCGAUGAUGGUUGGGGCAUUUGCAGUGGCGGUGGUGUCUACCCUUCAGCAGCUGCAACCACUGCAGCUGAAUGGCAGAAGCCUCUUGGAACUGGCACUGACAAAUGGCCCACCACUCCCACAACCUACGAUUGGACCACCGAUUGCACAUCCCGAGAUGCUCUCCUGGUAUGGUGGCAAGCCAACCUUGACAGCUUCGGUCAACUUUCCCACACUUUCACUCACGAAGCACAAGAUAACGCCACAUACGCCGAUAUCUAUAAGGAGAUCAGUUUCAACCAAGCCUGGUUGAAGCAGGUCGGAAUUGACCAAGCCGAGCAUUUCACUGCCAACGGAAUCAUCCCUCCCGCUAUCACUGGCCUGCACAAUGGUGAUGCUCUCCAGGCUUGGUGGGAUAACGGUAUCACGAACUGCGUGGGUGAUAACACUCGCUCUGCUUUGCUCAAUGCAGAGAAUCCGAUGUGGCCCUACUGGACCGUGACUGCUACGGACGGCUUUGAUGGCAUGCAGGUGAACCCUCGUUGGUCGACUCGUAUCUACUACGACUGUUGCACUCCUUCCUGCACUUUAGAUGAGUGGAUCAACACGUCGGAUGGCAGUGGUACCUUUGAUGACCUUCUUGAAGCCGAGCAGGAUGAUACGAUGCGUCAUCUGUUCGAUCUCUAUCACGAACCUUACAUGUUCCACCAGGCGAACUUGCGCAAUAGUGAUACGGAUCCUAUCACAGUCAAUGGAGUCUCUGGUCAAUACUCCCUCUUCCAAGCUUGGGUUGAGAUCGUAGUCCAGGAGUUCGUGCGUCUCGUUGACUGGCCUCUUGUGACUAUCAAGCAUGCUGAUAUGUCUGCGGGCUUCAACGCUCGUUACAUCCGAGACGCAUGUGGAUAUGCUGUCAGCUAUACUACAGCGAAUCAGAAGAUCACUGGGGUGACUGUCUCAGCUACAGGCAAUACCUGCAGCGAGCCCAUCCCGGUGACAUUCCCUGUUGCUCCCACUAACACUCAGGGAUUCACGACUGAACAGCUGGGCAGUGAUCCUCUCACUGUCUGGGUUGAGUUGACAGGGUCUCCUGUUUCUUUCACUCUGUCUACACCCAUUGCCUUGUAA